AUGUCAAAGAUUUUGUUACUCCUUCUCUUUGUAUUGUUACAAUUGAUUCCUUCUCUGCACUCUGUUUCUCCACGUCAUUGGCUUUCAAAACCUCUCAUUGGAGAUGAUGGAAGAAUCUAUGUUUGUUCUCAUAAAACCUUUCUCGCAUUUGAAACCAAUGGUACUAUUGCUUGGUCUAUUCGUGUUGACUACACAUGUAAUCUUCAUAUGGCGCCUCUUCAUGCCGGUCAUCAAAAGAUUUACUUGGUAGCUGAAAAUAGAAUAUUGAAGAUUAAUUAUGGAAACGUAGAAACUUCUGAGCCUGCAGUAGAACUUUUCUUUGGUCCAGAACCAGGACAAAAGGCAGAAUCUGAAAUUGUUGGACUCUCAGUAAGCACAUUAAGCUCAACCGUAUUCAUCAAUAUCAAGAAUCACGGACUUUUUGCAUAUCAACCACAAGGACGUUUACUUUGGAGUGUAGGACCUCUGCUUUACCAGUUUGGUUACCGUCAAGGAUGCAAGAAAAAUCUUACAGAUUGUUCCUUUUCAUCAGUUCCCAUGCUUGAUCAAUGCGAGGCUAGUAUUUAUAUUGCGAACACGGAAGGAGAACUAUAUUGUUUAUCGGUCCGUGGCCGCGACUUUAGAUGGAUACAAGAUUUUAGUUCAUUAGACAAAAAUUUCACCAUAACUCCUGGAAACAAUGGUCAUCUGUAUGUAACAGUGCCAACAAGAGCUCUUGUACUAGCUAUCGAUGUCUUUUCGGGUAAUAUCUUGUGGCAGGGUAGUGUUGGGCCAUUAAGCAAAAUUGACUGUGCUCCUGUUGUGGACUCUAAUGGAUGGAUAUCUAUUGGUUCAUUGGAUGGAUUUCUUUACUCGUUUUCGCCAACCGGGGUACUAAAGAAAUUCUCAAGAAGAAAUACAGAGAACUCUAUUGUUCAAGUUGGUCCUUUUCUUGAUUGUUCUGGAUUUGCUGUCUAUAGUUCACAAAUAGAGAUGGAAGGAAAAAUUAGCCACAGUAUUGGCGAAUACACUUCUGUUUCGGCAAUUCGGCCGAAAGCUGCAAUCUUCACUAUGUUGGUUCCUGCAACUGGAUCAAUCUACUGGUCUGAAGUCUAUCCUGGUCAAGUUUCAACUUUAUUAUCCAAGAGUGAUCUAAGUCAAUUUGUUGUGAAUGAGGAGAUUCUUCUUACAUUUCUUGCUGCCUCAAAGGUGGAUACCCCGCUGCCAUGCCGAACUUUCGGUCAGAAGCUUGCGUCUAGCUGCUCUCAAGCAAGGAAUAAGCUUGUCAACAUCUAUUCAGGCAAUGAAAGGACUAUAGAACUGUUUCUGCUGUUCGAGUCAUGUAUGUUGGUGCUGCUAAUUGGACUCGUAAGAUUCUGCUGUACAUUUUGGUCAAAAAAGAAACUUCGAGAUCAAGGCCUUGGAAGUUUCCUCGACAAGCGAUGUUCUCUUCAGCUCCAAAAGAAAGCUUUGGUUAAGACAAUUACUGAGCUUGAGAAAAAAGCUGCAGAGGAAUCAGUAGACAAUGAAGUUUACCGGAAAUUGGGUGAUAUAGUAAGAGAAAAGGAAUGCAUAGAUAGGAAGUUAUCAACUACCUAUAGUUUAGGGAGGGACAGGACUAACACACAACAAAAAUCUAUGCUUCCUUUACAAAUUGGAAAAGCAAAAGGCUAUUCAUUUCAAGGUGAAAAGAAUCAGAAGUUGACAAUGUUCCACACAUUGAGUGAUACAUCUAGUGAAAGCAGUAUUGAAGGAGAGACAAACAUGUUUGAGGAAAUAGACUUGUAUGCUAAGGACAAAGGAAAAACACCUAUGGUAGAGGUUACUUCAACUUCAAGCAAUGAUGGGUAUUUUACAAAUCCUUUCUAUGGAAAUUGA